CCAAUCGUUACAGACGUAGUUAAUGAUUCCUGAGGGACCCUGACCGCAAUAUUUCAGGUUGCUUUUCACAGGGCGAAAGAUUUCUAUACAGAAAGAAAAACAUUUCAGAGCUGAAGAGUGGAAAAGUGUGUGUGUGUGUGUGUGUGUAAGAGAGAGAGAAAGAGAGAAAGAGAAGGAGCGUCUCAGACUGAGUGUAGCCAUGGCCAAGCUGGUGGAGUGUGUGCCCAACUUCUCAGAGGGACAAGAUAAAGAGGUGAUCAAAGCCAUCGCCGAUGCCGUUUCUGCCACGGAAGGCUGCAGCGUGCUGGACGUGGACCCCGGGGCCUCCACUAACCGCACCGUGUACACCUUCGUGGGUUCUCCGGAGGCCGUGGUGGAGGGAGCGCUGAACGCCGCACGUGCUGCUUUCACCCUCAUCGACAUGACCAAGCACAAGGGCGAGCACCCGAGGAGCGGUGCUAUGGAUGUGUGUCCCUUCAUCCCAGUGCAGAACACCAGCAUGGAGGAGUGUGUGUCAUGUGCUAACGAGUUCGGGAGGAGAUUAGCGGAGACGCUGAAGGUGCCAGUGUAUCUGUACGGCGAGGCGGCGAGGACUGAAAGCAGACGUUCUCUGCCCUCCAUCCGAGCAGGAGAGUAUGAAGCUUUACCUGAGAAGCUAAAGAAAAGCGAGUGGGCUCCAGACUUUGGCCCUGCCACGUUCGUCCCUUCGUGGGGCGCCACGGUCACCGGAGCUCGAAAAUUCCUCAUCGCUUACAACGUGAACCUUCUGAGCACCAAGGAACAAGCUCAUCGAAUCGCUCUGGACAUCCGGGAGCAGGGCCGGGGCAAGGGACAGCCGGGGCUGCUGAGGAAGGUGCAGGGGAUGGGCUGGUACCUGGACGAGGCAAAUCUUGCUCAGGUGUCCACCAACAUCCUGGACUUCGAGAUCACUCCACUCCACACCGUCUACGAGGAAAUCUGCAGAGAUGCAAGGGAGUUGAACCUGUCGGUGGUCGGCUCUCAGAUUGUGGGUCUGAUUCCUCUGAAAGCGGUUCUGGACUGUGCAGAAUUUUACAUCCGUAAAGACAAUCUCUUCAUUCUAGAAGAGGAACACAAAGUGCGGCUGGUCAUUAGUAAACUGGGAUUGGACUCACUGGGGCCGUUCGUUCCUAAAGAGAGAAUUAUAGAGUAUAUGGUCAAAGCCAAUCAGAUCGAGGGACAGUUGGCAUCUCUUUCUCUACGCCAGUUUACCCAAAGUGUCGGCGCUCGAACGCCGGCACCUGGAGGGGGUUCGGUUUCUGCCGCCAUCGCUGCCAUGGGUGCAGCUCUGGGCUGUAUGGUGGGACAGAUGUCGUACGGUAAGAAGCAGUUCGAGGCGUUGGAUAGCGUGAUGCGGAAACUCAUCCCUCCUUUCCACCAGGCCAUGAACGAGCUGCUGCUGAUUGUUGACGCUGAUUCUAACGCCUUCAACAGCUACAUGGCUGCACUGAAAAUGCCGAAAAACACAGUGGAGGAAGUUCAGAGGAGAGAACAGGCCAUGCAGGAGGGACUGAAGAAAGCCGUUAGUGUACCCAUGUCUCUGGCUGAGAAAGUGACAGUGCUGUGGCCAACGCUGAAGGAGCUGGUGGUGUACGGCAACGUGGCCUGCAAAUCAGACAUCCAGGUAGCAGCUAAAGCCCUGGAGACAGCAGUGUUUGGUGCUCACUACAACAUCCUCAUCAACCUCAAAGAGAUCACUGAUGAGACGUUCAGGAGCAGUAUGGAGGAGAGGGCGACUGCACUGUUAAAUCAGGCCAUACAGAGUGUUGAUGAAGUGCUGGAGGCUGCCACCAAACGCCACUAAACACACACACACACACACACACACACACACACACACACAC